GCGACCUCUCCGAGAUCCGGCUGUUCAUUUGAGCUCAGACUGAGUUGGUGUGGAACACUGUAUGACAGAUUAUUGCCAGAUAGACUGCUGAGUUUACAGUCGGUGUUGUUUUAGAUGACUUUCCACGACAUUUUGGUCUUUUCUUAACCCGAACGAAGGACAGGACUACGUAACAUUAUUUCUAGAUUUUUGUGGAGAGUGUGUGUCUUAAUGUUUACGGUUUUAUUUUGGGAAUAAUACUACGACCCUGCAAGUGCAAUUUCAUAAACCACGGAUACCAAAUCUGAGUGAGAUCUGCUUUGAACGGUUGACCCAUUGUUGUUCGUUUUCGGAUGUCAAGAUUUUUUGCGCAUUUGGCUUUGAAGUCCUUCAAGAAUAUUGUUUGACUCUGCCUCGAGUGACUUAGCCUCCUUUUUGUUUGGAGUUUUCCCAGAAAUGGUGGGGCACCUACAUUUACAAGCUAUGGAUGAUAGUCUGAAAGGAAAGAAUCGGGAAGGACUGCUUGACAGUCCGGAUUCGGGAUUACCACCAAGUCCAAGUCCGCCCUUCUAUUCACUGUCUCCUGGUCUGCUCGAAUCCCGCUCGGGGAGUUGUACGACUCCUGUUGAAAAUCAUGGAUACUACAAAAAGGAGAGCAAGGAAGGCAAACUGCUGCCGUACCUCCUCCUGAACGCCACGGGGACGGACCCCAGGGCGCGCAUGUACCCCGUCUUUUUUGGCGAGAGCAUCGAGGUCAACCCCAAACCUGAGCAGAAAAUCAAGUGCAACUCUCAGGUGAAGUACGACUCGGACAAACACUACCGGGACCAGGUGUACUGCGCUCCCGUUCCCACGGUGACCUCCUACAGCGAGACGGUGGUGGCGGUGCACAACUGCACCUGGCGUAGCUUCAAGUCGCAGGUGUACCUGGAGCCACGUCAGAGGCCCCUGCACUACCAGAGCACCACCAUCAUCUACCCCAAACACGCCAAGAACACGUAUCGCACCACCCUCAGCUACAACGCCACGGGGUCCCGCCGCUGGUUUGUGUCCACGGUGCAGCUGGAGUCCAGCGAAGACGCCAGUCCUUGUAUCAUCUACACGGAGGACCUGUAGAGGCCAGGCCCACCCGGGACAGAGACUGAGGGGGGGAGGCUGGGGGGGUGGCUGGGGGAUGGACCCAGACCGGGAUGGACAACUUUCAUACUAGGACUAUGAGACACUUGGGAAUCUCUCCUGAAAAGGAAGUAAACAGGGAGAUGGCCGGCGUCUCUCAGCUGGAGAUCGUAGGACUGUGUUGGGACGAAACGGGCAGAUGAGAUGGAAACGAGAUAGACCGGAGCAAGGAUUGACCUGUUUACUGGGUGUAUAGACAUUUCUACUGACUGUCAUUAAGUAUGGAACUGGUCUUCGUCGGGUUGAUGGAACUGUGCUUCAUGGUUCAUUAGUCUUAUCUAUCCCUAGCUGCCAUGAGUCCAGGCCCUCUACCCCUGCAGAACCUAGCAUACGUUCCUGAUGGUUAUUCAGAACCUACUGUAGGAGGAGAUUGGAACCCAAGGCCCCAAGAUGAAACAUUUUGGACUUCUUUUGACUGUCUGUCUGUCUGUCCAGCCGUGAGCAGAUCACUAAAAAUGAAUGCCCCACAUCACUUGUAGAAACUAACUUGCAUAGAGCAAACCAGUAUCAGGGCCUGAUUGCACUUGUCUAAAUUGAGUCCGGUUUUGGGGGAUGCGGGGGGUAGAUUUAUGAAACAUUUAAUAAGUUGGACCAAAGCUGUACCACAGGAGAUGUCACUGAGACAUCUCUAGGAUCCUCCAGCAGACACAUGGUUACUGAGGUGUUCAUCAAGAAUCCUAUUCUUCGCCAUUGGUUUCCACAACGCAACAGAAUCUAAGGAGGAACGCUGAAUACAACAAGUUUGUAUUUGUUUUUUCUAACAGGCUUUAUUUCCACUCUGCUACUUUGACAACAAAAAAAAAUUCCAGAGUCAUAGAACCGCCAAGCCAUACCAAGGAAACAGUACUGUACUGUUUCUAACAGCUUUACUCUCUGUGGUACAGGCCUGGGAGUCUGAUAUACAAGAUCAUUGACAGCUCAACUCCUUUCCCUCUUCAGAUACAUUUCUAUGAUAUUAGAUGGUGAAAUGGGUUUAAAUUGAUUUGCGGCGAUGUCAGGUAUUCACGAUGGAGAUUUUUGGAAACGCCUGAUCUCGCUCAUGUCUUUGUCUGUCUUAUAUUUGGAUGAUUAUUUUUGAACCUGGUAAAUAUUGAACCUUGUAUUAUGAAUUCAGAUCUUACCUCAGUUUUUUUUUUAUCACGUAUCUACUUUUAUUUCAUGGAGAUGUGUAUUCCCAACAUUCAAUUGGUAUUUUGAGCUACUUUUCGAUGAAAGAUGCUGAGCUUAACACGUUAAAAAGGAAAUCGUUUUAGCUGCGAUGAGAACAGAGAGAGAAGGGGAAAGUGAUGAGGGACUGUGAGUGAGAGUGGCUCUUAACAGUUCUUGUUAUGAGAGAACAUGUAUCGAUGGAACAGUAUUGUCACUGUUAUAAGAACACAGUCAGCUAAUAAUACUGAACAGGUUUGGACAGAGAGAGACUGUUUACUGGAAAGAUUGUUGCAGGGUCAAGUUAUGUGCAGAAGGAAUAGUAAUGUUGCGAUGAAAUGAGCAGAGGCUACAAUUGAUUGGGUCAUUUCAUGUAGAUACUUAAAAACAAUUUUCUUGUUUCCUAACACUUGAUUUUUGAUGUUACUGUAAUAUACUUUCCUGUUGUAUAUGUGGCAUUGAGGCACUUCAUAAUUCUCUUUAUAUUUUUGUAUAUUUCCCAUGCCAAUCAUCUUUCUUGGUUUUUAGACGAGAGAAAAUAAUUUAAAAAGGCAAUUGCGUAUCCUAACUGAAUAAAAAAAGAAUCAAACCCAAACAGUUGAAUCUUCUUUGUUUGU